CACUCCCCAAUUCCCCGAAUGCCAAACCAAAACCCUCGCCGUCGCCCCCUUUUCUCCCCUCCACCGGCGGCCAUGGACCCGCCCCAACCAUUAAUCGGCAUCAGCAUGAGCGAUAUGCAGGCCACCAUGGAGCGAGGCGGCAUGGAUCGCGGGACGCUCGACCUCGGCUUCAACAUGCUUCUCUACCUCGUGUACGACUACAUCCCCAAGCCGCCCGUCUCCCCCGCCGCUCCUCUCCCUCUCUCCGGCCCUUCCUCUGCCCCCGACGGCGUCGACCGCAUCAGCACCCUCCCCGACGCCGCCCUCGCCAACAUCGUCUCCCGCCUCCCCGCCAAGGAGGCCGCGCGCACUGCCGCUCUCGCCUCGCGCUGGCGCUCACUCUGGCACUCGGCGCCUCUCGCCGUCGUCGACGCCCACUUCCUUCCAGACGGCGGCGCGAGAGGGCCGCUCGUCAUCGGCGCCCCCUCGCCACGCGAGGUCACUGCCGCCGUGACCCGCGCCCUCGCGUCACAUCCGGGCCCCUUCCGCUGCGUCCACCUCACCUGCAGCACCAUGGAUGAGCACCGGGGCGAGAUGGCGCGCUGGCUCGACGUCCUCGCCGCCAAGGGUGUCCAAGAGCUCAUCUUCGUCAAUCGCCCGUGGCCGAUGGACCUGCGCCUUCCAACCACGCUUUUCAGUUGCGCCUCUCUCACCCGUCUCUACCUCGGCGUCUGGAGGCUCCCGGACACCGGCGCCGUCCCACGCCGCGCUGCCUUCCCAAACCUCCGGGAGCUCGGCCUCUGCUUCACUGUCAUGGAGGACCGCGAUCUCGCCUUCAUGCUUGAAAGAAGCCCCGUCCUGGAGAUCCUCACCAUCAUGGGAAGCCAGAGCGGAGUGCGCCUCCGCCUCGUCAGCCACAGCCUGAGGUGCGUUCAGCUGAGCUAUUCCCACUUGGAGGACAUCGACGUGGUGGAUGCUCCUCGUCUGGAGAGGCUCUUUCAGUGGACAACUUUGGGCCAGCACAGCAGUACUGGCAGGAAGCGCCGCUCCAGGAUCAAGAUUGGCCAUGCACCCAACCUGGGCCUGCUGGGAUACCUUGACCCAGGAGAUAAUGAGAUGGAGAUUAGCAACACAGUCAUCGUGGCUGGGACCAAGGAGAACAUUGUCCCUAGUGUCAAGACCUUGGCCUACGAGGUGCAAUUCGGCGUCCGCAAUGCUAUCAAGAAGAUGCCUUGCUCCCUCAGAUGCUUUCCAAACCUUGAGACCCUCCAUGUCCAGUCCAAGAAAAAUGCUGAGCCCACUGGCAAGGUCAAUCUCAAAUUCUGGGAGGAGGGGGGUCCAAUUAAAUGUGUACUGCAGGCAAUGAAGAAGGUGUUUUUCUAUGAGUUUCGGGGGUUGAGAAGUGAGGUUGCUUUCCUCAAGUUCAUCGCCGAGAGAGGUCGGGUGCUGGAGAAGAUGGUGGUUGUGGUGGCCAGUGAAUGUUUCUCUUCAGGGGGUGAUGUGAAUGCCAAACUGAAGCCUCUGACCAGUGCAAAAUGGAACAGUAAAGCUUGUAAACUUCAACUCUUCAAGAGCCCACGCAAAGAGGGGGGAGUUCCAGUUUUCAGCCACCGACUAGCAUCUGAGUUUUCGAUUGCUGACCCUUUUGACCUAAUUUACUAUCAAGAAUCUCUGUAAGUCUUGAAGCUUAGUAGCACCAUGCGUCUCUAGCUUGUAGAAGACUUGCAGCUACCUAGCCACCUAGGCUUUCUGCUGUCAGACAUGGAAGCAGCUAAAUAUCUGCAUUCUCUAGCAAGUUGAUAUUACAUCACAACUUUUGUGCUAAUUAAAUCUUAUGUGCUGGAUGCUGGUGGGACUAUCAUAAUUAGAUUUUUAAAUUAUCGAAGACGAUAUUCCAUAUUA